UAAGUUAUUCAGUCAUAAUCGUUGAUCCAAGCUUCUGCAUCGCUUGUAUUUGUUAUGAAAACGGAUAAAGUGAAGAUGGAAUUAACUUUGCUGCUGUUUUUGCUGUCUGGCACAGCUCUCGGUAAUUGGACAGACUGGCAUUUUGAAGGACAGAAUAUUGCACUUAAUAGACCUGCCAGCCAGACUCCUAGAAUUUGGAAUAACCAAAAUGCAAGUCUUGCUGUUGACGGUUAUCCGCGUAUCGGUAAUCCAACCGAUGACGAUGCCAGAUGCUCUCACACAGCCGGUUCCGAAGCAUAUGCAUCCUGGACUGUUAACUUUGACGACAAAUACUACCUAAAGGGUGUUGUGAUUGUCAACAGAAAAUCACGAUACGAACGCCUUCGUCUCAGAAGAUUUCGAAUAUAUGGCGAUCAUAAUAGUUUGCUGUAUGAAAGCAAAGACAAUUCAAAAACAUGCCACGGGAUCUCUCCAAAUGAAGUUUGCAAUGACUUCUUGUUCGUUGAACUAACUCCUAGAGAAGGACAGAUGCAUGCACGUCUAACAAUUACCGUAUAUGCAAAUUAUAACCUUGUGGAGAAAAAUGCAGUGUAUUUAACACUUUGCGAAGUUUAUGUUUUCUCAGUUCAUACCAAGUGCCUAUCAUUACCAAUAGAUAACGGCCUACAGCUACCAGAUACUUAUGCGUCAUUAUCAGUCUCAGUUCAAUGUAAUUCUGGGUACAAACCAGAAAAUAAGUAUGCCCAUUGCUCCUUUUCUGGCCAAUGGAACACUUCCCAACAAUGCAUUCCAAUUUGCCACUGGGAAGUUGAAAACGGAUAUAUAGAAAAUUAUCAUCAUCAUACAAAAUUGACUUCUCCUGUGUUGGCAGAUGUUUUUGUAAGGUGUUAUCCUGGAUAUCAACUGAAAGGACGCUUUAACUGGAACACAUGUAGAAAUUCUGGAUGGCGUUUUGAGUUACAAACGUGUAUUUUAGUCACGUGCAUUUGCCCGCCGUUGCAGUAUGGCUCGUAUAUAACCAAACAUAACAACAUUGUUUGUCGCGGUUAUCAAAGUGUGUCAACAAUAAUAGUUCCGGACUGCAAUGAAGGAUAUUAUCCAAAAGCUGUCAGUGAACAAACUUGUACUGAUCGUUCUUCAUGGAAAGGAAGCAUUCCCACAUGCUUAUCAGUAAAGUGCAAUGCUCCUGAAAUGAUAAAAAAUGGAAUGUAUUUCUUAGAAUCAUAUUCAGACUAUACGUACAAUUAUGUUAUCAACUUUACAUGUAAUACAGGUUAUAGGUUACUAAGCAGCAUACGAACACGAAAAUGUGAGAAAAACUUACAAUGGACAGGACCAGCACCUGUAUGUGAAAUAAUAACAUGUCAAAAACCACCUUCUAAUUCCCAUGGCUAUUAUAGUGUCGCCGGUCAAGAUCAAGAACUUAAAAAAGACAUGUAUGAAUUUAAUACAACUGUUAUACCUCAUUGUAAUUUGGGUUAUGUGUCGCGAUCGUACCCAUCAAUACGUGUUUGUAAUUCGAAUGGUUUAUGGACAGGCGCGAAUCUGACUUGUGAACCAGUAAGAUGCCAUGUCAAACCUUUGGUCGACAGUAACUAUACACUUUUAUCGAAUCGUACCGUUUUACACGACAGUUAUAUUCCAAUAAAUACAGUUGUAUAUCACGAAUGUGCAAAGGGAUAUUACAUGACAAGUCCGCAAACGACUCGAACAUGUCAAUUUAACGGAAGUUUAAGUGGAAGCGAACCACGGUGCAAUCAAGUGUCUUGUGUUUCAACAACGGAAAAAGUUGAAAGAGUGGUAACAGGAAUACAAAUAGUAGUCAGAGGUCCAAUUAUGUACAACGAAAACAGAAACAUUAGUGUUAAUGACUCCCUGUUUCUUUACGAAGGCGGUGACCUUAUUGUUAAUUGUGCUGCUAAUGGAUCAUUGGUUUGGAGUAGCACUGGUCCUCCUAAAUUACGACCAGUGUGCCCUCUCAUAUCACCUACAAAUGGUUGGACGAACCAUACCUGUGUAUCUGAAAACAGAUGCGAAAUUGGGAAAUCGGUUUUUAUCACAUGUGAAACGGGAUAUAAAGCUGAUGAUAGCACAAUGACAUGUACGUCUGACCACACAUGGACUAAUGUACUAUAUUGUCAAGAAGAAGGCAGUGGUUCUGACAGACAAGUGGCGGUAGUUGGUGGUGCAGCCGGAGGUGCUGGGGCAUUCCUGGUCGCUUUGCUGGCCGCUGCUGGAUUUGUAAUUUAUCGAAGGUAUAAAGGGAUCAAAAUCAAGACUGAACGUCACAAAGGGAGCUCAUCUCAAAAUCGGGAGCAACCAAAUGCGUAUUCAGAAAUAGGAGCUACCGAGUCAGCAUUUGUAUCGAAAGGUGAUUCAGAAUAUGUUUAUGCGACAAACUCAACAAAGACAAUGUGUUUGAACAACGAUUUCAAGGAAAUAGAUACAGCUCUGGUUGACAAAACUUACUAUGAUUUCGAUAUGCAGGAAAGAAUGCCUAACACUGCAAUUAAGAUUGAUAAUCUUUACGGUACCGUUCUUUCGCCCAAACACUUAGAGGAAAUGAAAAUCCAAUUCAAGGAAUUUCCAAAGGGUUUAACUGAGGACUACUAUGAGGCUCUGAAAUUUCAGAACAGGCCAAAAAAUAGAUACAAAAAUAUAUACCCAUAUGACGCAACGAGAGUUAUUCUUCAGAAGGAUGAACAACACUGUACAGAUUACAUAAAUGCCAGCCUUAUUGACGGUUACACACAACCAGGAGAAUAUAUUGCAGCGCAAGGUCCAACUAAGGAGAUACUGCUUGACUUCUGGCGGAUGGUUUGGCAACUGCGGAUUGGGAAAAUUAUUAUGUUGACCAAACUUAAGGAGGACAAAAAGAUGAAGUGCGUUCAGUAUUGGCCAGAUGAAGGAAGUAUAGAAUACGACAUAUUCAAAAUAACACAUCGAAGUACAGAACCAUUUUCAGACUUUGUCAUACGAAAGUUAGCUUUGCAAAAGGACGGAGAAGAUGAGAGAAUGGUUUAUCAUUUCCAUUUUACUUCCUGGCCAGAUAAAAGUGUUCCUCAAUAUGCUUCAUCACUUGUCCACUUCCGCCAAAAGAUUGUUAACGCUGUUAUAAAAGAUAAAGGCCCUGAUAUUGUGCACUGCAGCGCCGGUGUGGGGCGGACGGGUACAUUCAUCGCCCUGAAUAUACUGACAGAACAAGCCUCCACGGUGGGAUAUGUGGAUCCAGUGGGCUGUGUGAAUACACUGAGGAGGCAGAGGGUCGAUAUGGUUCAAACACCGGAUCAGUAUAUAUUUCUGCACAUGGCGCUUCUUGAGACUCUGAUGCUAUCAACAUCAGCUCUACCUGCAUCAGAGUUCCUGAGAGUGUAUGAAGAACUUUUGUCCUUCGACAAGGACCGACGGAAACUUGAUGUUCAGUUCUCUAGAAUGGAGAAAAUGUCUCCCGUGGCUGAUGAAUGUCAAUACGUCAGUGCAAAAGAUGUGAGGAACAGGAAUAAGAAUCGGUAUUCGAACAUUCUCCCAGUCGCAGAUCAUAUGCCUCACUUGACUCCUUCUGGAAAGCGGUCUGAACCUGAAUACAUCAACGCUGUACUCUUACCGGGCUACAAGAAGAAGGGAGCGUUCAUCGUCACCCAGACACCACUAGAAGCGACAAAGACUGACUUCUGGAGACUUGUGGUUGAACACGAUGUCCAUACAAUUGUCAUGAUGAACAAUAGGAGUGAGAUGAAGGAAGACGAGAUAUACUGGCCUGAGAAUGGGGACUCGGAAACAUAUGACAACAUGACAAUUGAAAAGACAUGCGAAGAAUGCGAGGGUUGUUUGAGGAAAAUAACACUUGACUUGAAUCGGUUUGGAAAGACACGAAAACUUCAACAAAUACAGUUUGAAGGUUGGCCGGAUGAUUCAGCGUUGCCCUCUUCUCCUAGGAGUGUUAUACACCUACUUGAUGCAGUGCAGUACUGGCAUCACCAAUCAGGAAACAACCCUGUCCUUGUGCAUUGCAUGAACGGAGCAGACAGAAGUGGCUUGUUCUGUGUUGCGUCAGUAGUCUUAGAGAGGAUGAAGAUUGAACAAGACGUUGCAAUUACCCAGGUCAUCAAAGAGAUGCGGAACUACAGGGAACACAUUAUUCCCUCUCUGGAGCAGUUUCAAUUUGUUCAUGAAGUAGUCAAAGAAUACAUUCUGCAGAAUGAAACCUACUCCAAUUUCACCGACUGAGGCCUACGACUGGGCAAACCCUUUGACAUCACCUUUACAAAUAAAAUUGUAACAUUGAUGAUUUGUGUAAAAUUAUAGGUCGUCCGUUUCAGGAGGAAAGAGGAAUGUGUAUGCUGCUUUUAUACCUUACUUGUAGAAAAACAAUUAAAAAAUUAUGUCUGUCAUUAUCAACGUUUCUUGUGUUUUUCCCUAUGUAAGUUACUCCUUUUGUUUAAAUGGACGUAUGUGAGUGGACUGACUUCUUCUUGUGUUUUGUUUAACGAAGAAUGAUGCAAAGUAUCUGUAUUGCUUUAUUGAUAGACAUGUAUAUUUGUACAAAGAACAUUAUAUGCCCAUCAUUGUAUAAUUCAAUAUGCUUAAUUAUGUUAUAUAUUAAACAUUCCUUCGCCAUAUCCCCUAAGAGGAUUCUAUAUGAAAUAA